AGAACAUCAAACUUCAACUUCUCCAUUCCACGACCAUCAACUCCCCAACCAUCUCGACCACACCAGCAUCUUCUGCCUCCCACCACUUGGCAUCGGCUUCUCCACGAUCUCGCCAUACCACAAUCGUUGUUUGCGACGACUCUUCGUCCUCUUUUGACCUUCAUUCACGUCCCAGCGCAACUUAUCUGUCCCUCGGAGACCAGGUCGCGUGGAUCUUGAUACAUACCUACACACACAGUCUCUCGCCUUUGCGCGUCCCUCAUUAUCAACCUCGCUGCCCUGAUGCAUGCUGUCGCAUCAUAAUCACAAGAUCAGAGAUGUUGGUUGGCGGAAGGAGGGAGCGGUAGAUUGAUCACUGUCUCACGAUGUCUCGUGCGUCGGGGGCAAGCUUUGCUCAGUUCUUCCCCUCUGCUCCUCGAGCCGCGAAGGACAAGGCGAAGGAGAGAGAGAAAGUCAAGUCGCAAGGACUAGACUCGCCCAGCAUUCGACCCGUCGCGGACUCCAAGGUCUCGCUGUCAUUCCCACGCGCCGAUGACGCCGCUUCAUCUCGUUUUGGCGCAGAGAUCAAGCCCCCGCCGGUGAAUGGAGUCGCGGCAACAACAGAAGAUAGCGACUUUCUGCAAGGCGAUCUCCUCAACGGAGUGGGCUCAGCUAGCUCUCACACAAGCACCGUGUCGUCUGGCUUCAGCGCACCUGCUCAACAACCCAAUAUGUCGACCCUGGGCGGACCUCGGAAUGUUAGCAGUCUAACACCCUUGACGAACAUCGAAUCUUCUCCGAUUCCUGCUACCAGUCCUCAGCACAAGUCUGGGACCUAUACCACAACCCCCAAUGAGCUCACCAAUGCUAUCGCUGUUGGCACAAAUUUUACCUUAUCUGCCCAACCUCCUGUUGAGGCAGAGGCACCCCACAUACCUACCGAUUCAAGAGUAUACGCUCGCGAUCCUAAUAAAGGUGUAAAAGGCGUCAAAUGUACAUACGACCCCCUUCUCGAUAAGACGGCCUCGAAAAAGGCGAAAGCCAUAUACAAGGAGUUUGGUUUGGAAGAUGACGCUCCCCCGGCGGAUCCACGAUUGUCCAAGCCCGGCGGAAAGCUGGAUUAUAUCAAUACGGACUUCCAUCAUGCCAAAUCUCGAUUGCGACAAACCCCAUAUCUCCUCAGACCCUACCCCUACGAUCCCAAGACUUCGCUUGGUCCUGGUCCGCCAACUCAAGUUGUUGUUACUGGAUUUGAUCCUCUACAUAAUUUCGCAAAUGUGGCUGCCAUUUUCUCCAGCUUCGGCGAGGUUGCUGAGAGCAGCAACAAGCUGCAUCCGGAGACUGGGAGUUGCUUGGGCUUUGCUACCUUUCGAUACCGUGAUUCGAAAGUUAUGAAGGGCGUGCGAUUCGUCUCUGCCAUUGAGGCAGCAAAGACUGCUGUUCGUAAAGGCGUCGGAUUGCGGGUUGGCACUCAGAAUGUCAAGGUCGAAUUCGAUCCGGAAGGCAACAAGAGUAGACGCAUGAUGGAGAAUCUUCUGAAGCGCCCCCAAGCUGCACAGACCUCGCAGAUGGCAAAAGCAGCCCCUGCUGGUGCCAAACCUGCAGAAAAGACUUCUGGACCGCCUCCUACCGCCCCUAAAGGCCCAGCUGCCUCGCGACCAACCUACCGACCCCCGAUUAGCACCGCCUUUCAACUCACUAAGCCGAAACCUCCACGCUAUAUCGAAGGUGUUGAACCCAUAUCUGCUCAGCUCCUCCACCAGCCGUUUUUGUUUGUUGCAAACGACUCUGUCCCCGUCAUGCCAACCACUCCCCCGCACAUGUUCAAGCGCUGCAAGCACUUCCAGGCUGAGGAGGUGAAGAUGGACCAGGCUGGAUACUACAUCACCUUCCCGACUACAGAACUAGGUAGGGAAAAUUGCUCGCGAUGCUACAGAGGUCUGAAUCAAACUCUGAUGUUCAACUAUACAAUGAUCAUGGCAAUGUACCCUUGGGGAUCAUCUCGUCCAGCGGAGUUACGUUACAUUCCCUUUCAUUCCACUCGCAGACGCAGUGCCAGUCUUCCCAGGCAAAUCGAAGAUAAGGAGAAGAAGGAUGCCGAGGAACGCCAGAGAGAAGACGAAGCCGAUUUGGAAGACGAGAAGAGAGAACGUGCGAAGAACUUCGACCCUUCGAGAGAGGCCAUCGAGGUUAUCCGAAAGGAGUUGAAAGACCAACUGGUCCGGAACAUUCGAACCAAAAUCGCCGCUCCUAUCCUCCACAACUUCAUGGAUCCUUCUAAUCAUGUCGCGAAGAGACGCAAACUUAACAUCUCUGAUCCCAAAGAUGCCAAACUGCCCCUUAUCCACGAAGAUGACGACCGAGAGGAGACUCCCGUUGGUACACCAAAUUCUCGUGUUGACGGAGAACGUCGCCCAAUGAGUACUGCUCGCCUCAAUGUCUCUUCUCUUCCCCGAAUUCGAAAGGCUAAGGGUGGCAAGAAACUAAAUAUUGGAUUCCGAGACCCCUUUGGCAGAGCUCGCCCAGAAGCCCGAAAGCCCGUGAUCCGACCGCUCAAUCAUCGCUUCAUCACCAGUGACGAUGAGGACACAGACGAUGAUACGGAGUCCAGGUCACGUGUUAGAGACACCGAAGAGCCUGAUUCUCGGCCUAGAAGCAGGAUGAGCUCUGAAGAAUCGACUGACGAUGCGGAAGCAUUCAGAACCAAGGACGAUGUUGCUUCUGUGGAUACUCGGGAUGACGAUUCCAUGAGUGAAGCCAACUUCGUGGUUGGGGAGCCGACUCGUCCAAAGAAGCGAAAGCUCGAUCUCCAAGUCGAAGCGGCUCUCAAAAGACAGAAGAAGACCGAUGAAGAGCUUUUUGGUGUUGCUCAAGACAAGAUCGAGGAAGAAUUUCCUUUGUCAGCUAGCACCGUGGACGAGGAUGCACUCAUGCAGGAUAUUGAUGCCAUCGUCAAGACUGAGAGUGAGGCCGAAGCUGCUUUUGCAAAGGGAAAGAAGAAAGUCGCUACCAAGAAGGCGAAGAAGUCUAAGAGACAGAUCUUCGAGGAGCGUGAAGCUCUCAAGCGGCAAUCAGAAGGCAUCUACAUGGAAGAAGCUCUUCGACAACAGAGUGAAGCAAUCGAAGAGGAAGAGGAAGAUGUCAUCAUUCAAAGUGCUCCUGUUGAGACCACUGUCGAAUGGGGGAUGUCUGGAGAAUCACCUCGACCAACUGUUGACGAUGAUUUCGCGAAUCUUCUUGACAUCGACGGUCUGCAAAAUCUGCUGAAGGACGACGAGGAUGCUCCAUCUGCUUUGGCUUUCUUCAAAAAGUUAUCCAAGGAUGCUGAUCCAGCUUCAGCCGAGUUGGCAUCAGCUUGGACUUGGAAGCAAGAGGAAGUCAAGGGCCUCAAUCGCAACGGUUACCAAGGGCUUGUGACAACUGCGACUGAAGUCGAUGGUUACUACGUUCCCAACGAUACCGGCUGUGCUCGUACCGAAGGUACCAAGAAGAUCCUCAAUUCUGAGAAGUCUAAGUAUCUCCCUCAUCGCAUCAAGGUCCAGAAAGCACGUGAGGAGAUGCAGGCCGAAGCCAGCAAAACUGGCAAGUCUGCCACGGUACAGGCACAAGAAGCUGCGAAGAUUGCUGCCGAGAAGCUUCUUGCCAAAGGAAACUCCCGUGCUAAUCGUGUCAACAAUCGCCGCUUCGUUACGGAUCUCAAUGAGCAGAAGAAGACUCUUGGUGGCGACGCAGAUGUACUCCGCUUCAAUCAACUCAAAAAGCGAAAGAAGCCAGUUAAGUUUGCACGAUCCGCAAUUCACAAUUGGGGCCUGUAUGCCAUGGAGAACAUUCCGAUGAACGACAUGAUCAUUGAGUAUGUGGGCGAGAAAGUCAGACAGCAGGUGGCCGAGUUCCGAGAGAAUCGUUACUUGCAGAGCGGCAUUGGAAGCAGUUAUCUCUUCAGAAUCGAUGAGAACACUGUUGUUGACGCUACCAAGAAAGGCGGAAUAGCCAGAUUCAUCAACCACAGCUGCAUGCCCAACUGCACGGCCAAGAUCAUCACUGUGGAGAAGAGCAAGAGAAUUGUCAUCUAUGCGCUGCGUGAUAUUGCCCAAAACGAGGAACUCACUUACGAUUACAAAUUCGAGCGUGAGAUUGGGAGUACGGACCGUAUUCCUUGCCUCUGUGGUACAGCAGCGUGUAAAGGAUUCCUUAACUAAUUACAUCAUUUCCUUUCACUGUCUCAUACGCUUCAUGCAUUUCCAAGGGGCGGAUCUCUCAUCGACGGAGAGUUUCAGCAUCUACUUUCGCAGCAAGGAGUUGAGUUGUUUUUGGAACAUUGCAUACAAAGGAUUGGCUGGUACUGGCUUUGGUGGGAACACAAAAAAUGUACUCUUUCAAUUGAGUCCUUUGCGGCGUGGCGUUUCAGCAUUGCGAGAUUCGAUUUGCUACUUGCAAGAUUUGUUCGAGGCGGAGAUGGUAAUCAGCCACUUCAGGUGGCAGAAUGUUAGAUGCUCGGCUUGGCAAUGGUGGAUAUGGUGGAAACCGAGCAUCUUGUACCAAUAGAACAGGAAAGGGGUUGUCUUGCGGUGAUCAUGGAGGUGUAGGAAAUAGCCAGUCAGUACCUAGGUAGGGGAUGAUGACUAUCGCCGCGCUGCCUGCAACGGCGAAUGAAAAAUCAGAG